AUGAAUGCUAUAAAAGUGAUACUAAGGAGUAGAACCCCAUGUGCUGUAGGGAACCGUCUCUAUGCAACUACAAAAAAGAAAAUAUCGGAUCCCGAUGAAGAAGAAUCGCUUCCAAUUUUCCAAUAUCCCGUAAGCAAGAGUUCAGACCGUCGCAUGUAUGUUUGGGGCCUGGCAGAGACUGGUGCGCUUGGGCUCCAUAUGCCUCGCGGGAAAAAAAGCAGGAAGCAAUACAGAAACAAUUUCUCUAUGUGCUGGCACCCAAUGCGAUCAAGUUUUGCCGAGAGAUUUGAUGUAACACAUGUGGCAGCAGGCUAUGGCUUUACAGUAACAUCUAUAAAGACUAGUGAACAACAAAAGGUAUUUGGCACUGGUAUCAACACGGACUCACAGAUUGGAUAUCAUGCACCUAGGAUCGGACAUCCUCUUGAGCUACUGCUGAGUCCUUCUCCUAUAUUUCUGCCCUAUAAAAGUCUGGAAACACGGAUAAUCGGUCUAUCAGCUGGCCGCGCUCACACAGCGGUACUCACGGACAAUGAAGGUGUGUUCACAUUGGGCAACAACGCCUACGGUCAGUGUGGACGAAAGAUCCACAAUAACGAGGAAUAUAGAGGCAGUAUGGCAACACAUAACAUUAAGAAGCUAGGCGUGGAGAAGAUUGUGAAUGUUUGCUGUGGCCAGGAUCAUACUCUGUUCGUAACAGAGGGAGGCAAGGUGUACGCUUGCGGUUGGGGAGCGGAUGGUCAGACUGGGUUGGGCACGUAUGAGAACCAGGCUAUUCCUGCUAUGGUAAAAGGUGAUAUCACUUCUGAGAAGAUCGUGAAGGUGGCUUCUACAGGAGACUGUGUACUAGCUUUAAACGAACAUGGUGAAUUAUUUGGCUGGGGCAAUUCCGAGUAUGGUCAAGUGCCGAUGGCGACCACGCAGCAACAAGUCAAUAUGUCGUAUGCUCUCGUUAGUUUUACAAAAGGUUUGGGCAAAAUAAUUGAUGUAGCUGCCGGCGGAUCUUUCUGUUUGAUUGUAAAUGAGGCAGGCGACGCUUUCGUGUGGGGCUACGGCCUACUAGGCCUUGGACCCAACGUACAGCACUCUCGAACUCCAAAACAGAUACCAGCACCCUUAUUCGGCCGCAACGAAUUUAAUCCGACUAGUAUGGUGCAACAAGUUGCGUGUGGCAUUGGACAUUUAGCGGCGAUUACUAAUUCUGGUGAUUUGUACAUGUGGGGCAGGAAUAGGCAGGGUUGCCUCGGUUUAGGACAUACAAAGGACCAAUAUUUUCCAUUGAAAGUUUCAAUUGGUGCGCAUGUGCUGGAUGUGGCUUGCAGUGUUGAUCAUAGUGUGGCAACCUGUAAGCCGUUUAUAUAA